UGAUUUGUUUAAUAUUGUGGUUUCUUAUUAAUUGAAUUUGUAACUAGACGUAUUGCGUGUUAGGGUUUUUGGCGGAAGUUGGCAGUCCGAUGGUGUGUCACAUUCGUGGAAAGUAUGGCUGAAUGAUCGCCAAGUCAUCUUUAGCCAAAAAUUGAGAUAAUCCGGGUGAUAAAAGCAAAGAAACACACACCAUAGUUCUGUAUUAGUGAAGAUCUCAUUUAAAACAAAAUGGAUAAUUUAUUUAGUAUGUGGAAAGUGCGAGAACUCGCAGAUAAAGUCACAAACGUGGUGAUGAAUUAUACCGAAAUUGAGGCCAAAGUAAGGGAGGCCACAAAUGACGAACCUUGGGGCCCUACAGGGCAAAUGAUGCAAGAGUUGGCGCAUUCCACCUUUACUUAUGAACAUUUUCCCGAAGUUAUGUCCAUGUUGUGGAAGAGGAUGUUUCAAGACAAUAAACAACACUGGAGGAGAAUUUACAAGUCCUUACUACUUCUCAAUUACUUAAUCAAAAAUGGCUCUGAACGUGUUGUUACUUCAUCCAGAGAACAUAUUUAUGAUUUAAGGUCACUAGAGAAUUUUAGUUUCAUAGAUGACAUGGGCAAAGACCAGGGUGUUAAUAUUAGACAUAAAGUCAAAGAGCUUAUAGAAUUCAUACAAGACGACGACAGACUGCGAGAGGAGCGGAAAAAAGCCAAAAAAAACAAAGACAAAUACAUCGGAAUGAGCUCAGACAUGGUCAACAUGAGGAUAGGAAGUCACGAGCGGUGGGACGAGCGCCCCCGGGACUACGCCGACCGCGACUGGGAAGAGCCGGCGUCCGGCGCGAGUCGCUACCGCGACCGCACUUUCGAAGACGACUACGACCUGGACAAAGAGGACAGUGACACUGAGUCCACACGCAACAAUUCAAAUACGCGAAAAUACAAAGAUAACGAGCCGAGUCCCACCUACGCCGAUAAACGCGUCAGUAUCAAUAUCAAUUCCGCCAUAACGAAUUCGCCGAAAAAAGUCAACAAACCUCUAAAGAAGGUAGAUUUGGGUGCAGCUGCAAACUUCGGCAGAGAUGCUAGUCAGAGUCCGUUACCCCAAGCGGACGAUCUGUUGAACGACGAUUUCAAUCCUCGCGCCGACGAGGACGAAUCGAAGAAGCCGACGGAAUUCGGCGAUUUCGAGGCAGCUUUCGGCAGCAACCCGACGACGCAGAAAUCCGAAGACGACUUCGCCGAUUUCAGCUCGGCUUUUUCGCAGAAUCAGAACCCGCAGAACUUGCUGAAUCAAAAUCAGCAGAAUUUAUUUGCACCGCAGACGAGUCUGAUGGGAGAUGGGACGGCUGCGAAUCUCAUGGGGGUUCAAUCGGUGCCGUUUAUGGCCAAUAACGCGAAUAUGAUGGGGGUGGCAGCGAAGCCGCAACAGAAUAAUAGCAAUGAUUUGUUGGGCGAUUUGUCCGGGUUUAGCGGUUUGAGUAUACAGCCGCAAAGCGUACCAAAUAAUAAUCAAGGCCUCAUGGGGGCUGCCCCUAGUUUAUUGGAUGAAGAUACCGCAAAUCGGGAAGUGUUGUGUGCUCGUAAACCAAGAAAAAAUAUCGUCGAGAAACAAAUGCGAGACGCUAGCGCCGCCGCAAUGAAAACAUUGAACGCAAUCAAGAAAAUCUCAUCCCAAACCGACGUCGAGAACAUACUCAACAGUCUCGACGGAAUUAUACAAACACUGCCGACAUUAACCGUCCAAAAGUUACUAAAAAUCGAUGAAACCGAUCUCGGUAGUUUCGCCGAUCAGGAAUACAGGACACUCCUAGAAAACGUGACAUCGAAAUUCGACCACACUUUUCCUCUAAACGAAGGACGGAUUUACGAGGAGAUACGAAGACUGUUUUGUGUGGAAGAUCACAACUUUUUUGUUGUCGCGUGCGACGUGAUCGUCACGAAUUUAAAAACGAGAGAGUUAAACGUCGCGACGACGUUAAGUUUAUUAAUGGAAGCCGUUUUGAAAAGCGAAGGAUGUUUCGAUUUAGUGUUCCACAAUUUUUACUCGUUGCGACAAGAAAGCGAUUUCGAGAGAGAGGAAAGACAGACGCAGUGGGAAAGUCAAGUCAGAAUGUUGAUGUCCGUGCCGAAUCGAGUGUCCAACUCGCUUCAAGGACAAUUCAACGACUUUUUCAAAGCCGACGAAUAUUGCAAAUUUCUCGUUUUCACGAUUUUAAAAUUAAUAGAAUUAGCGACAGAUCUGUUACUACACGAAUCCGAACACGAAAUAUAUUUCGAUUACGGUCAGUUGAGUCUUCUGCUAAGCAAAACUUUGACGGACUUCCACGAACACCAGCAGUCGGAAGGCAUCAAAAGCUUCAUCAGAAUCGUAGCCGUUUUGACUAAUCAAAAAUCACAGAAGCAACACUUGUAUCAGAAACUGUUCUGGAAGGUGUUUGAAAGUAUGGAACGAGCAGCGGUGGAAAUUUUCGCGUUGAUGGUGUUAAAAAAUUUCGAUCCGACUCUUUUCUCGAUUAAAAAUUUCUUGGGGCGUGAAUUAGUAAAGAACGACAACUGGAAGUUUGUGUUUUGUACAAAGAUACCGCUGUUGUCGUGUUACGAAGACGACAAACUCGUAAAUAACUUGGUUGUUUAUUUAAGCGCUGCUUCCGACCACAGUUUGUUUACUUUACUCGUGAAUUUAGUGACUGUUUGGUCGGAUAAGUCCGCCCUAAAUCAUACGAGUGUGGAGCAACAUUUAUACAUCACAAAAAUGAUCGUUGUUAUCAUGAACAGUAUGAAGAAUAUUGGUUUCAGCGAGCACGAAGCGAGAACCAUUCAAGAGAAAAUGUACGCGGGAGUGUCCAUACAUUUAGAGAGUAACAUCCACGAGAUUCGAGCCUCGGGAAUGAAAGCGUCCGAGAUAGUUCUCAAUUUCUUGAAUUCGGAAAGCGACAAUCAAGCAGCUGCUCUUAAAUUCGACUAUUCCACAUUACCAGAAGGGUCUAAAUCGGUUGUCGAAAAACUGCAAACCCUGUAUGACAACGACAUGACGAUUUAUUUUACAAACAAAAUCAUCGACGACAACGUCGCCGAGUUAAUAUCGCUAUUGCUAGUAACGAGAGUUGAAAAUAUUCCAUAUACACCUCCCGAACAACUAAAAAAAUCACUCGAAGCACCGAACAACGUGAUCGUCGCUGAAUCCAUCCACAAAAACAACCUAAUCACGAUUAUCGACAGCACCGACUUUGAAUUAGACUCGGAUGACGAUUUAGAACCCUACGACGUAUCCAACGAUGUACAAAUUUCAAGAAAAGUCCCGAAGUACUUGCGCGACCUCAAAGACGGGUUACUCGAGACGCAAGAUUGCGAAGUUUUCACCCAAAGCGUCCAAGUUUGUCAAAACUUGAUCACGCAACAACUACCCGACGACGACGCGUCUUUGGGAAUUGAGCUUCUGCAAAUUUUGCUCGCUCUAGAACAGCGAUUUUUUGUUGACAAUUUCGAUGCUUGCGUUUUCCGCAGUUGUGUGGCGAUCGCUUGUAUUUAUCCAGCACAAAGUGCCGAGUUCUUGUGUCAGGAGUUUCAUGCAGACGUCGGUACGUACUCUAUAUCCCACAGGAUUCUAAUUUUGGACGUUUUGAGCGAAGCUGCUGAAACUUUGUCUAGUUUGAAACCGGAGAAAGAGACGAAGAGUAUUGUGGUGAAGAAAAAAAAGAGUCGCGAGUUGGAGAGUGCAGAGGAGGUUAUAAGAAAGAGACUCGAGGCGAAAACGAGAUACUUUCAUUCACAUAAGUCGUUCAGAGUGGAACAACUUAACAAGUUUGCGCAUGUCGCGAGUUAUUUUUUCUUUCCGUUGUUGUAUGGGUACGGUAGGAAUAAAAUGAUUUCGCAGAUGCCUCAAGACAACGAUUUUAUUUUGUUGGUACAUUUUAUAAGGGCGUUGACUAUUGUGUUGUGUAGUGCGCAGAAUUGUCCCGCUGAACCACGCAUGGCGAAGGAAAUUCUUCACUUUUCGUGGUAUUUGCGUUUCCAUAAGGACGUUAAGGUUAGAAUGUCGGUUAUCAGUUUAAUAGGUGCCGCUGUAUUGAAUACACCUAACGCAAUUUUGGUUUCUGAUUUUAUAGACGAACUUUUAGAGUUUAGACUUUGGUUAGGCGACCUGUUGAGUCUUAAUGUUGCUAGAGGUGAACCUAACGUAGAGUGUAGGACUUUGGCCGCUAGUGCGAUGUGUAUUAUCGAUAGCGUGUUAAAAGUUGAUGAAUAAAUCGUAAAAAUGA